GAUUCCCAGGCAACCACCGCAUCAACACAACGCCGAGCUGCGCGACGCCGAGCUGCACGAUGCCGAGCUGCGCGACGCCGAAGAGCACAAUGCCGAGCUGCAUGGCGACGCCGAAAAUCUGCAUGGCGACGUCGAGAGAUCGGAGGGAAGAUCAGCGAGAGGCGAGAACGACAUGCAGACGUCGGUCGUGACAACAAGGGGAAGAAGAGUUCGGCGCGCGCCUCUCCGAUUCGGCGAUUACGUCGCGAAGUAGAAUUAGGAUUCUCUUUUUCCUUUUAGAUUUUAUUUCCUUUUUAUGUCUUUCUUAUUUUUGGUAACUUAGUUAUUUUAAUGAGUCGAGCAUAUCUAUAAGCUCCGUUUCGGGUUUUCUUUGUUGGUUCUUUCCCGAGAUGCAUUAGGUUUAGAAGUCGAACCAACCCUAGGGUCCUUAGUCUAUAAAUAGGGCUUUGUUUAUCAAGUUACGGAUGAAUAAGAAUUACAAUAUUUGCCCACAAAAUACGUGAGUUUAUCUAAACCUAGUUCGCCGCUGCCCGACGGAGAAUCCUCCGCGCACAGCCGCUGCUAGAAGACGCCGCCGAUCCUGUGUAGGACGCCGGAGUUAUCGUUGGAUCGCCGCGCAACCCCGCCGCCGAUCACGUUGAGGUAAUAAGGCCUUAACAAAUUCACAUUGCUAAACCCUAAACAGGCUAAUUGGCAUAAAUCAGCCGACCGCUACCAGUGAUGGAUCGUGGUGGAGGACAGCAGCAGAUGGCGGGCGCAUCGAAGCCCUCGGUGUUUGCGGUGUACCAGAACCCAGCACUCUCCGCCGCCCUCACCUCCAACAGCCUUCGCCCUUCCGCCUCCACAGUCUUCUUCAUCCUCUCUCUUUUCUGCGGCUCUGCCGUCGCCCUCGCCAUCUCUUUGUACAGGGGAAAUAUGGCUGCUGCUGAUUUUGGACUUGGGUUUAUCUCUCAAGAUGUUGCAAGUAUAUGUUCCAAAGUUAUAGCAGCAAUGGCAAGUUGCAUACUGCUUGCAGCUGUGUUUGCUUUUUUCAAAGUCCUUUCAGUUUGGAGAAUAAGAAAUCUUAGAGAGGUUUUUGUAGUAUCUCCUUCCAAAGGCACAAAAGAGCUAACACGCCUUACCGAUCGACAGCUUGGCCUUUUGGGGUUAAGGUCAAAAAUUGAAAAGGAUUCUGAGGAGUCUUCAAAGAGACCUCCUAAAUCAAAAGUUAGCUCGCCUUCCCCAUCAAGUUUGCUCGUCCCACUUCAUCCAUCAAGUUCGAAUCAUGAAAUGAGUGGUGGGAAAUCAAGCUCUAGUAGUGGGCGAAAAAUGCAUGCUUAUAGUACACCAUCCAAGUCACCUGCUUCUCCUUCUAUGUAUCUUGUACCUGCGGCCUCUACACGGUCAUCGAUACCGUCACCAUCUCUGCAGUUUUCACCUGGAGUAGAUCAGUUGACUGGCACUCCUUGGUCAAAUAAGCGUCGUGCCUUUCAGAAAGAUUUAGCAACAGAGAAAGAUCUUGAAAGUUUUCUGGCUGAUAUAGAUGAGAAGAUAUCUGAAACAGCUAGUAAAUUGGCAACUCCUCCCCCCAGCAUAAAUGCAUUUGGGAUUACCAGUCCAAACACCCUAACUGGUUCAGUUAGUACUUCUGGAGCUACAAGAAGUACGCCUUUAAGGCAAGUUAGGAUGUCCCCUGGUUCCCAGAAGUUCACAACUCCACCUAAGAAAGGAGAGGUAGAGCUUCCCCCUCCAAUGUCUAUGGAAGAAUCGAUUGAAGCUUUUGAAAGGCUGGGCAUUCAUCCACAUAUAGAGAAAUGGCGUGACCGUCUCAGGCAGUGGUUUUCUGCUGUUGUACUCAAUCCUCUUAUUGGAAAGAUUGAUACCAGCCACAUUAAGGUUAUUGAAGCAGCUGCAAAACUUAAUAUUUCAAUUAACAUUAGCCAAAUUGGAAGUGAUGCACCAAAUGCGCCUGGUACUGCUAAUGUAUCUCCAAUUGAUAGAAGUAAUGACUGGAAGCCAGCAUUUGCAGUUGACGAGGAUGGACUUCUUUAUCAGCUUCGUGCAACUCUAGUUCAAGUUUUUGAUACUUCAAAAGCUCAAGGCAUUAAUUUCCAGCAAUCCCAGCAGCAUGCCGCAGCAAUCUCUAUUUUGCGAGAGGGUAUGGAUGCCAUUACGGAGCAUCAGAGACUCCAUGCUUUGAUGAAAGGGGAAUGGGGUAAAGGUUUACUUCCUCAAAGUAGUGUAAGAGCAGAUUAUACUGUACAAAGGAUUCGUGAACUUGGUGAUGGAACAUGUUUGAAGAAUUAUCAGUAUCUGGGAAAUGGCGAGGUCUAUGAUAAAAAGAACAAGAAAUGGAGUCUUGAUCUUCCUAGUGAUUCUCAUUUGCUUCUUUAUCUGUUUUGCGCCUUCCUGGAACACCCGAAAUGGAUGUUGCAUGUCGAUCCUACAACAUAUGCUGGGGCUCAGGCAAGCAAAAACCCCUUGUUUUUGGGUGUUCUGCCCCCUAAAGAUAGGUUUCCUGAGAAGUACAUAGCUGUUAUAUCUGGUGUUCCCUCAGUGCUACAUCCGGGGGCUUGUAUUCUGGCUGUUGGGAAGCAAAGUCCCCCAGUAUUCGCCUUGUACUGGGACAAGAAGCCUCAAUUCUCUUUCCAGGGAAGAACUGCACUAUGGGAUGCCAUAUUGCUUCUGUGCUAUAAAAUAAAGAUCAGUUAUGAUGGUAUUGUUAGAGGCAUGCACCUCGAUUCAUCAGCGUUAGCCAUUCUUCCAGUCCUUGACCAGGAAAGUGAUGACUGAGCAAAGUAUGGGUUUAUGAAUGGCAAACUGAGUCAAUUCUGCCGCUGUGUCGCACAAAAAAGUUGUAUCCAAAUUUACAGAGGAUGCCGUCACAGAGACACCUUACCUUCUGCAGCCGACGAAUUUCCUACUGACCCUUCUCUUUUAUACUGUAUUGAACUCACCAUUUUAAUUAAUUAGAGUGAACUUCAUAAUUGGUUCAUAAA